AUGAUCAACGCCUUUCUGGUCUUUAAUGGCCAGGGCCAGCCACGGCUGACCAAGUUCUACACGCAGCUCGACACGAGUAUACAGCAGCGCCUCAUAUCCGAAAUCUUCACCCUCGUCUCCAACCGGCCAGCCGGCUCCUGCAACUUCCUCCCGCUCCCUCCCCUCCUCGCCGCUUCCGGAACCUCCCACUCGUCCGGCGACCAGCAGCACAACGACGUCCCUUCGCUCGUGACGUACCGGCACUACGCGACGCUCUUCUUCAUCGUCAUCUCCACGUCCACCGAGUCGCCGCUCGCCCUCAUCGACCUGAUCCAGGUGUACGUCGAGGCGCUGGACAAGCUGUUCGAGAACGUGUGCGAGCUGGACCUUAUCUUCAACUUUGAGAGCCUGCACGCCGCCCUGUCCGAGAUGAUCGUCGGUGGCGUGGUGAUAGAGACGAACCUCGACAGGAUCGUCGCGGGGGUCAAGGCCCAGGGUACGGUGGCGAAACGGCCAGUCAACGAGUCUAGGAGCACGGGGCUGGGCGCUGGCCUCGGUAUGGGCGGGAACUUUGUCUGGGCUGGGAGAUGA